AUGUCGAGAAUUGGCGUGCUCGGUCAGAUGUCGGAAAUCAACGAUCACUUGUAUCUUUCCGGCGCGAGUGUACUCAAACCCGAGAAGAUUAAGCAACGAAAAAUCAAUAUGAUUGUGAAUGCGACCACCGAGGAGCCAUCGACGUACAUGCAAGGCGUUGACACGCUGAAAAUCCGCGUUGAAGACCAUCCAUACGCUCGUCUCGGCGAGCAUUUCGACACCGUCGCCGACAAAAUUCGUGCCGUCAAGGAACGCGGCGGUCGGACUUUGGUGCACUGCAUGGCGGGCGUUUCGCGGUCGGCGUCGCUCGUCAUGAUCUACCUGGUGAAGUAUGAGCACAUGACCCUGCGACAGGCGUAUCACUACGUGAAAGCGGCUCGACCGGUCAUCCGUCCGAACAUUGGCUUCUGGAAACAGAUGGUCGAUUACGAGCGACGAUUGCGCGGCACCGCCUCGGUGAAAAUGGUGCAGACGCCGGAAUGCGACAUGCCGAUUCCGGACGUGUACGCCGAGGAUCUGCGCCGAAUGCGGCAGCAACGCGAACUUCGACACAUUCCGACGCAGCCGACCACAAUCACAUCGAUCAAGCCGAGAGCUUACUCAGCGAGCACCUACCGACCGUCGUCGUCUUCGCUGCCGAUGUCGUCGCUGCGUCGCGCCUACAGUCCGGCAGCUCUUCCGUCGAGCACAAGUCUGGCUCUCUCCACUUCCUACAGUCUUUUCUCGCCAGCGCCGACGAGAAAACCGCGCCAGAGUCUCUUCUCAAUGUAUUCGUUGGCUCCGCGUCAGGCAUUCUUCUCGGCCUUCUAG